AUGCCAGAUCUCAUCAAAUCACGCUCACUCGACACCUGGAAUCUCUACCUAUCUGCAUAUCCACGCGCUCUACAAGCCAGGAAGCUCGAAGUUUCAUCGAGAUCAAAACAAGGCAAAUCAUACAAUGGUGAUACCCUUAUUGAAGAAGAUGAAUGGCUGUGGAAUACACUACCGGAUAUUGUCAAGAGUCGUGAACCUAUGCAUAUGACUCAGGAAGAGCUAUCCAAGUUGUUGCAUUGGAAGCUUACCCGUGGUGAAUGGCGCAUUGGACUUCAAAGCAAAGCUGAUUCAAACCCAGACUCCAAAGUCAAAGCAGCCACAACACGAUGCAUGGCCCUCCUCGCCAAUGAACCCGACUUGGACGACAUCUUGGAUGCCGUCAACCAACUCUCAAAGAAUGGACAGCCAGACUCUUUGCAAGGCAUUGGACCUGUUGCUGCUUCCGUUCUCGGAACUGUAUGCACCCAAGUCCCAUACCUAAGCGAUGAGCUCAUCACAGCCACAAAUCAUCCCCUGAAAUACACAAUCGCUGAUUGCAAACGAGUCAUUACAUUUGUCCAUAAACUGGUGCAAUCGCUGAAUGCUAAAGGGAUUCCAUUUACUGCAAAGGAGGUUGAGAAGGCGUUGUUUGCUGAACAGGUUGAAAAGAGGGGUCGUAUUCGGGUCUUGGCUGAGGGGAAAGAAGGCGGUAAAGGCCAUGAAGAAGGUGGUGAGGAUACAGAUGAUGAUUCAACAAACAAGACAACGAGUGAUGAUGAAGAUGAAGCAAAGGUUGAAAAGAAACGGGGCAAGAAGAAGCAAGCAUCCUCUGAUACUCGUAAAAAGUCACGUAAAUGA